UUGUAUGGGAACCAGGACUAAGGUGGGACGAGCCGACUGAAUGUAGUCGUUGUGUAAUUGAAGAAAAAAACAAGGCCAAUAUUUGUCCACCGGUGGCGAUCGAACAGCAGCACUUAGUUUUGGAGGGUUUUUUUUAAGCUGUGAGAGGAAAGCUGAGCGCAGCCGCUCGGAGAACGUGGAUCUUUCUCUCAGCCAUCUUGCCUGCUGCGCGUCGCCCUGACGGUUCCUUUCUCCUCUCCUCCUCCUCCUCCUUCUCCUCCUCCUCCUCAGCCGAAAGUAAACACGGCUCGCACAUUGCUCGCAACUUCGUGCGAGAUCCAGAGAGAAGCGAGAUGGGCUCGCUGCGCAACGUCUAACGGGACUGGAGCCAAACGCAGGCGCCUGAAAGGAUUUAUUGCUGUGGGUAGUGUAGCAGAAGAGAAGGGGGACACGACGCGCCGGAGCGAUGGACAUGUUUGGGAUUUACCUGUUCCUCGCACUGGCUCUCCUGCCCCGAUCCAGCUGCACAACAGCCAAGGAGAUCACCUGUCAGGAGAUAGCCGUACCCCUGUGCAAGGGAAUCGGCUACAACUACACCUACAUGCCCAACCAGUUCAACCAUGACACGCAGGACGAGGCGGGACUGGAGGUGCACCAGUUCUGGCCUCUGGUUGAGAUCCAGUGUUCGCCUGACCUGAAGUUCUUCCUGUGCAGCAUGUACACCCCGAUCUGCCUGGAGGACUACAAGAAACCACUACCGCCGUGCCGGAGCGUGUGUGAGAGAGCGCGGGCUGGCUGCGCUCCUCUCAUGAGGCAGUACGGUUUCCCCUGGCCGGACAGGAUGAAGUGUGACCUGCUGCCGGUGCAGGGCAACCCCGACACUCUGUGCAUGGACUAUAACCGGACUGACUCUACCACAGCCUCCCCUGUCCUCUCUAAACCCACCAACCACCCGGGCAAGAGUCACAAUACGCCUAAAAAUAAGCCUGGCACUCGACCCGGCGCGCCUGGGAAAUAUAAGCCGCCUGCUGCACCGUGCGAGCCGGGCUGCAAGUGUCUGGAGCCCAUGGUGCCUGUGACAACGGACCGUCACCCGCUUUACAACCGCGUCAAAACGGGCCAGAUCAUGAACUGUGCCAUGCCGUGCCACAACCCCUAUUUUACGCACGACGAGCGCGCCUUCACCGCCUUCUGGAUCGGACUCUGGUCCGUGCUGUGCUUCGUGUCAACUUUUGCCACAGUGGCCACUUUCCUCAUCGACAUGGAGCGCUUCAAGUACCCAGAGAGACCCAUCAUCUUCCUCUCUGCCUGCUACAUGUUUGUUUCUGUGGGUUACAUUGUCAGACUUAUCGCCGGACACGAGAAAGUGGCGUGCAACAGGGACUUUGACGUGGAGCACAUCCACUAUGAGACCACUGGACCCGCGCUCUGCACCGUGGUCUUCCUCCUCAUUUACUUUUUUGGCAUGGCCAGCUCCAUCUGGUGGGUCAUCCUGUCUCUGACCUGGUUCCUGGCUGCAGGGAUGAAGUGGGGCAACGAGGCAAUCGCCAGUUACUCACAGUACUUCCACCUGGCCGCCUGGCUCAUCCCCAGCAUGAAGUCCAUCGCGGUGCUGGCGCUGAGCUCAGUGGACGGAGACUCGGUGGCUGGCAUCUGCUACGUGGGGAACCAGAACCUGGACAAUCUGCGGGGCUUCGUUCUGGCUCCUUUGGUGAUUUAUUUAUUCAUCGGCACCAUGUUCCUCCUGGCUGGAUUUGUGUCUCUGUUCAGGAUCCGCAGCGUCAUAAAACAAGGUGGCACCAAAACAGACAAACUGGAGAAGCUGAUGAUUAGAAUAGGCAUCUUCACGGUGCUCUACACUGUGCCAGCCACGAUCAUAGUGGCGUGUUACUUUUACGAGCAGCACAACAGACAGACGUGGGAGAUCACGCACACCUGCUCCAACUGUUUACUAGAGCGGGACCGCAGGAGUCCGGACUAUGCCGUUUUUAUGUUGAAGUACUUUAUGUGCCUUCUCGUGGGCAUCACGUCCGGAGUGUGGAUUUGGUCUGGCAAAACUCUGGACUCUUGGCGGACUUUCUGCACGCGGUGCUGCUGGGGCAGCAAAGGCACCAGCGGCUCCAUGUACAGUGACGUGAGCACGGGACUGACGUGGAGGUCAGGCACGGCCAGCUCCGUGUCCUGCCCCAAGCAGAUGCCAUUGUCCCAGGUUUGAAUGAGAGAAACAAAAGCAGCUUUAGGAGGACUGCUAAUUGUUUUGGAGAUAACCCAUCACUCCCUGUCUUAACCAAUUUGCAUAGUAAUGAACUGCUGCUGAGGUGUUCCCCCUCAUCCUCUUCCUCAUUCUUCAUCACCCCACACACUCUCACACACCUCUGUGGAGAGAACUGGUUGAAACAAUGUACCGAGCAUUCACUGAGGUUAAUUCUUCUCUGUUUAUAUGUAUUAGUGGUACAGGCGGAGGCUUUUUACGCAAACUGGGCAUUACUUGUUGACAGUUUUGUUCCCACUAAGCUUCAUACAAAGAGCAUUUUUGCCUUCUUUUUUUGUUUGUUUACAUAUAAAUCACAAUCUUAUCUACAUAGUGCCAGAUAACGUUGUAUAAUUCAAUCACAUCGAAAAUGACUUUUAAAUUAAGCCUUAAUAGUGCCCAAGUAUUUUUUACGGGUCAUUGAUUUUUUUUUUUGUAUUUAUAUAAAAGUUAUGUAAAAAUGUGUACAUUUGUUUAUAUAAAAAAAGAAAACUUUAUAUGCUAUUGUAAAUUUGUACAAAGUGUAGAUGUCUCAUUUUGUGAGAAAGCAAAUAUGACCUUUAUUUUGACAAUAAAAUAUGUGAU